UGCUCCACAGCUGUGCAUCUCCCUGGUACAGUCAACACUCCUCCAGAGAGACUGUUGCUGAAGGGAAAGCUCAGCCGGGUGACGUGGAAUAUCAUCGAGCUGAAAGGAUGAUGCGGACAACCCUCUUGCUGUGCCUGUGGGCCCUCUCCUUAUCUUAUGCUCAGUUGUCGGAGACAGAGGAGGCAGGAGGGGAGGAGGAAGCUGUUGAGCUCUUUACCACUGAUAGGACCAAGAUGGCUGCGGCCACCUCUGACUUUGGGUACAACUUGUUCCGGGCACUUGCGGGUCGCGACCCCAAGACCAAUGUGUUCCUAUGCCCCAUCAGUGUCUCUGCAGCCCUCACCCAGCUAUCCAUGGGAGCAUCUCCAGAUCGUUCAGAGAGGUGGUUGUACAGGGCUUUGAGGUACCACACUCUGCAGGACCCUCAGCUUCAUAACACUCUCAGAGACUUGCUGGCCUCCCUCAGAGCACCUGGAAAAGGCCUUAGUAUUGCUGCACGUAUCUAUCUGGCCCGCAGACUGCGUCUAAAGCAGGAUUACUUUGAUUUGGUGGAGAAGCAGUAUGGGGUGAGACCCAAAGCUCUGAUGGGUGGGGCUAAAGAUGUAAGCGAAAUCAAUGACUGGGUCAAACAGCAGACAAGUGGCAAGGUCAACAGCUUCUUGUCCAAGCCUCUGGGACGGAACGCUGGUGUGUUCCCUGUGGGUGCUGCUUACUUCAAAGGGAAGUGGAUAACUCGAUUCAGUCAGAGUGGAGCAAUGGAGGACUUCCAGCUUGAUGGAGAGGCGCCUGCCCGGAUUCCCAUGAUGCAACAGGACAAUUAUCCUGUGAAGAUGGGAGUUGACUCAGACCUGGGCUGCACAAUUAUUCAGAUCCAGAUGCAAGAUGACGUCAGCAUGUUUGUGUUCCUUCCUGAUGAUGUCACUCAGAACAUGACCCUGGUGGAGGAUAGCCUGACAGCUGAGUUUGUUCAGGACCUCUCGAUGACCCUUCACAACGUGAAGGCAGCCCUUACCCUACCUGUCUUAAAAUUCAGCUACUCUACUGAUCUCCUGCCACUACUCGCUGAACUGGGGCUCGACGAAUUUUUGGCAGACACGGACCUGUCUAAGAUCACAACUCAAACGGCAAAGCUUGGUAGCCUCAAUCAUAAAGUUGUCAUGGAGAUGGCUCCGGAGGGUACCCAGUAUGCCAGCUCCAGCCCUGCCCAAGCACCUUUGACAUAUCGCGUGGACCGCCCCUUCUUGUUUCUGGUGAGGGAUGAAGCCUCAGGGGCACUGCUCUUCAUUGGCAGGGUUGUGAACCCACGUAGUUUGAGGAUAUGAACAACACCCACACUCAAAUAUACUCACAAAUAGACACAGCACUCUUCGCAGGUCGUAGGAGGGGAUCAGCCAUCGUUAAAUUUCUGUUUCUUUGUCUCAUUAAUGCACAGUAUGAGAGGAUGAACACUUGACUAGAUUCAGCUAUUGGAUCAGAUAAUACAGUUUGUUAAUCCUAUAUGAAUACAAUGUAUACCAUUCAGACCUAUAGUCAAAAAACCAACAAGUCCUUGAAGUCUCAAGUUGUUUUCAGUGAAAGGAAUUUUGAAUUGAAAAACAGCUUUCACUAUGUUUGAAAAAAAAAAAUCUAAAUUAUGCUUAUCUGACACUCUUCUAAGAGGCCCAGACAAUACUUUAUGCUUUAAUCAAAGAAAAUAUUCUUCACAAUAUUGUGUAUGCAAGAAAUAAACAUUAAGGUUGUAA